UUUUUUUUUUUUAACUUUUUUUUUUGUUUCUCUUUAUAAUGCCAAAUUCAAUAUUAAAAGGACAUGUACCAAACUGGUUGAGUUAUGCUUUAACAUUUACCGGAUUAACUGGACUAACAGGAGUUAUUCUGAUAUAUAUUUACCAAUGUAAACUUAUUUAUCCUGCUUCAUAUCCAGAAGGCUCACGCCAAAGUGUAGCUGUACCUUCUGAUUAUGGAAUGGAAUACAAUGAAGUGGAUUUAAAAACUAAAGAUGGUGUUAAUUUGAAAAGUUAUAUAAUUAUUCGACCCAAUGUAGAAGAAGCAAAACGAAUGCCUACAAUUUUAUAUUUCCAUGCUAAUGCAGGAAAUAUGGGACACCGACUGCCAAUUGCCAAAAUAUUACAUGAUAAAUUUAAAUGUAACGUUGCCAUGUUAUCGUAUAGAGGAUAUGGAAAAAGUGAAGGGAGUCCAAAUGAGAAAGGUCUAAGAAUAGAUGCGCAGACAAUGUUAGAUUAUAUAAGAGAGCAUACCAUUCUUAAGAAUACCCCUCUAAUUGCUUAUGGUCAAUCUAUUGGAGGCGCUGUUGCAAUCGACCUUGUGGCUCGUAAUGAGAAUUCAUUUUCUGGUUUAAUGAUCGAGAAUACCUUUUUAAGUUUGCCCAAGUUAAUUCCCACUGUAAUUCCAUUUUUAAAGCAUUUCACUUUUCUUUGUCAUCAGCAGUGGCCCAGUGAGAAAAAUAUUCAACGUAUUGUGAAAACACCUAUCUUGUUCUUAGCUGGAGCAAAAGAUGAGUUAGUACCACCUAUCCAUAUGGUUAAAUUAAAGGAUUUAAGUGAAACUCGUGCUCCAAAAAUUUGGAUUCCUUUUCCAAAUGGCACACAUAAUAAUACAUGUAUGCAACCUGGUUAUUUUACUGCUAUUCAUGAAUUUUUAGAAAGAUAUAUCUUAAAACAAGAUGUAGAUGAUGCUAAGAAUGGAGAGAAUACACUGGACCAAACUUAUAUUGACGGCCAACCUGUUAAUGAAAACAAUGAUACAUCUUCUACAUUAAUGAGUGGUACAACUGAUGUAAAAGGAAUAACUCAUAACCUUCAAGUCGAAGAAAUUGAGCUUGAAGAAGCAAAAUAAGAACAAUACAUAUUUUUUUUUUCUUUUUGUAGAAAAAUUAAUAAUAAAAAAAAAUAGAAUUGUUAAUUUAAAACGUUAGUAUUAUAAAACGUAUUUAUUGGAAA